AUUCCGUUUUAAAGGUCUUUUUUAUUGGUUCAUCCGUAUAUACCGUCUAUGUCAUGACUAAUAAGUAUAAAAAGAAUAUAAAAGAAGAUAUUGAUACUUUCCCAAUAAGGUAUUUAGUUGGAGGUUCAAUUUUAUUAGGAUUAAUCUUUACCAGAAAAUAUGGUAUUUUAGAAAUAUUAUGGACUUUUUCAUUAUGGUUAGAAGCCGUGGCUAUCUUACCUCAAUUAUAUAUCUUACAAAGAACAGGUGAAGCAGAAAAUAUCACCAGUCAUUAUAUAUUUGCUUUGGGUCUUUAUCGUGCAUUAUACAUUCCAAAUUGGAUUUAUAGAUAUUUUGCUGAAGAACAUUUUGAUUAUAUUUCUGUACUUGCUGGAUUAGUUCAAACUGCUAUUUAUUCUGAUUUCUUUUACAUUUACUAUACCAAAGUGAUGAAGGGUAAGAAAUUUGAAUUACCAGUUUAAAUGAAGAAGAAAUAAUAGUGAAGAUAAAGAAUGGGAGACAGAAGAAAGAUCUAUCUCUUACAGAUUGAUAAUGAAAACUCUUUAUCUCAUUCUUUCAUAUUAUAUUUAUAUAUAUUAUACUAUACAAUACAUAGGAUUA